GAGAAGUGACAGUACAGUUUUCUUAUAAUGUGAGAUAGUGUUCAAACCUUUGAAUUCUGCUUCAAUUUUACUUUAGCUGAGUAACUUAUUAAUUAAUUUUAUAAACACAGCAAUUGAUGUUGCAACAAAUAUGUUAUUGUUGUGUUUAUAAUUAAGUGACAACAAAAACCAUAUUUUGAUGGAGCAUUGUUCCAAGUGCGGGAAAAAAUACACCUGUAGAGUAUUUUUCCUAAUUCCUUGUAACAUGGACAUUGAUCAAAUUUAAUUUACAUCAAGAACAAGCGCUUAAUCAUCCAUCCAGCAGUUUAAUUACAUUGGACAAGGCGGUGAAGAAACACCAUAUCAUAGUGAUGGGAACUAUCCGAUAGAAACAAACGAUUCAUCUGGUUGUUGCGCGCCAACCGAUUCAUCCGAUGGUUACUUUAAUAUUCAUCCGGAUGAACUAUCCAUUUUAUCACUUCCGGACACUUGCGAAUCAGCCGAAUCAACUAGGUGUGGAAAUACUUGCUGGUUUUCAAGAGGUACACUCUCUACCAUCCAGAUUUUCCAAAGACAUUAUUUUAUUCUCCCCUUGUUCGCCUGAAGAAAACCAGUUGUUUGCUGCUGCAAUUGAAACUAAGCCUGAAGAGACCCUGCAAGAUACUGAACUUGUGCUCUAUAAGUACCAAGGAGAUGACUGGGCAGAGUCUCACAGAGUGAAGGCAGCUGGAGGACAGAACAUUGCUGUGGAACACAUUCAGGACUCUGUGUACCUCGUGGUGGCUCAGAAAUUGGCCGACCCAGAUUUGGGCUCUACAGUCUGGAGGCUAGUGCCAGGCUCAGACAAGCUGCAGUUCACACACAUGCUCAACACUCGUCUCGCUUCCCACGCCAUCAUGUGGACAGAUGCAUACACCUAUGCUGCUGUGACAAUUUCUGAAAAUCCAGCUGGAUCUCCAAAACCAUAUUCCACCCUGAGUCCUGUCUACCGGUGGCUUGGGAGCUCUUUUGACAUGAUUGACACUUUGCCUACUUACAAUCCUCGAGCUAUUGUACAGUUCAACAUUCGGAGUUCUGUAUUUAUUGCCGUUGCUAAUUACCAAAAUGAUUAUGGUGAGACAAUGAUUGACUCGGAGAUUUUUCGAUAUGACUUAAUGUCAGGCAAGUUCCAUGUUUAUCAGAAGCUUCCCACGGAGGCAGCAAUCGACAUCAAGUCAUUCUGUUAUCAGAGCAAUCAGAUAUCUGAGAACUUCCUUAUCUACGCAAGUGCAUUCCACACUGAUGAGAAGGGAGUCAGGGACUACAACUCACCAUCAGUGGUCUACAAGUUGUCUGAUGAGGAGAUAUUUGUACCUUUCCAAGCCUUGCAGGUCUCUAAGGUUACCAGCUGGCUGCCAGUGGAACAUGUCAAGGAUGGUAUAGAGAGUUUGACCCUUGUAGGAGCUAGUGAGGAAGGUAUCAUCAGUUUCCAGUACGAUGGUUGGCGCUUUGUACCCACAGGUCUCCACAUGGACACCACCACCUUCAGCCCUGGACCCAAAGCACUCAACGUCUUCUACUACAAUGACAAACCAUUCAUCAGUGUGGCAAACAGGUACAGCAGUGGGUACGAGAUGAAUGUGUUCAGUCCAUUUUUUGAACACCAUCCUGGCGUUGAGAAUUUGCAGAGGACAAUUUCCGAUUGGGUGCUAGACAUGACCAAUGAUAUGAUUGAGGGAGAAGCAAAGAUAAAUGGCCUUACCAGAAUUGCCCAAGAAGCACCGUCAGUUGGUGAUUCUGUUAUUAAACUUGGUUCUCAUGCUGUGUUCAGAAAUGCUGAGAUUCACAGACUUGAAACAAUCAUGACCAAAGUAGGAGACUCCAGUACAGAUGAUGAGGUCUACAGCCAACUAUACACACUAAAAAGUCAACUUGAUAGGUUGAAAAGUACUUUGGAAGGAUUACCGGUUAGAAUUGAUCAAACAAGCUAUCAUACAAACACGGUAUAUGAAGACACAUUUGAAGAGUCAGCUGAGAUAACUUGUACACAUUCCUGCCAUGCACACGAUCUGGAGGUUAUCAAUGUUAACAGUGAAAACUUGUCAGAGUUCCUGGCAAAUACUGUCAAUAUAAAGGAAGAUGUGGAGUUCUCAGGAGAUGUAUCCUUCAAAGAGUUGGCUUUGAUUGAACCGUUGAAAACAAAGACGGUUAAUGGUCAUAGUGCAGAAACAUUGAUUGACUGGUCGAAAGAGGUCAAUCUAGACCAUAAACUUAAGGUUGAAGGUGAUGUAUUGGCUGAAGACUCAGUUGAGGUCUCAGAAGCAGUGGAUGGGGUCUUGAUCAAUAUUAUUAAGGAAGAUAUUUUUGAACCAGAAGUUAUUGUUUCACCUACGGCUGAUCUUGAGUCGCUCAAUACUUCUCAACUGAUUCUCUCGGAUGGUAAAAUGUCUGAAGUGGAUUUUCAAUACUUUGUAGUGUCAUCUCUAAAGACAGUAGGUGACCAAAGUUUUUCAGUGUUUCAAGACAUAGAGAGGAUCACAGCUGAAGAGGUGGCUGCAUCGGAUCUGUUCAAGUCUGUUGCUUCACUCCCAACAAUGUCUCAGCGAAGCAGAUGUACAGAUGAGAAGUGUUCUGAUGAGGCUGAUGAGAAGUCCCCAGAUCCUGAGCUGGGCAUCUCACAACCAACUUCUGGAGGCAGAUCAAAGAAGAUAGAAUCCAUUAAUCUCCUUGAUGAUGUGAUCAUAAUCCCACGUAAUCUCACUUUAUAUGGAACAGUUAUAGUAGGAAAUGGUCACAUGUCAGCAACAAAUGAUUUCAAUGAUUUGAAGCACAAUAUUUCUGCUGAAAAACUAUUAGAAUUCGGGAUUCCUUUAAAUCAGUUUGUAAUUGAUAAACAUUUCAAGUUUACACAGGAACCUAAGACUCCAUCUCUCAACGUGGACACCAUAAACUCUGUGGAUCUGGAAAGUCUGGUUAACCUAGAGGAAGAAGAGUCUGUGAAGCUGACAGGGGAAAAGUUGUUCCUUGGAUCACUAAUAGUGGAUGGAACACUUCACAGUUCUAAUGAACUGAAGAGUUCAGAACUUCUCAAAUCUAAUUUGAAGGAUUUAGCAGAAGUCAACCUUGAAUAUCUUAAUGUUACAGAAAUCAAAAGCAAUAACAUCAGGCUUGGUAUUAAUGAGUGGCAAAAGAGGGUCGUAAUUAGAAAAGACGGAACUGUUGUUGUAGACAAUCUAAAGGUUGAAGAAAAUCUAUUUGCUAAUAACACAAUGGUGCGGGGUAAAAUUAACGACCACCAUUUAGAGAAUCUUUUAGAUGAUUCAGUCUUUGAAGGAAGUACUUUGGAUGGGCUCAACUCUCGUGUGUUUGGCAGAUGGCUGUUGACAGACCGAGACCAGAGUGUUAUAGCCUCACAAGCCAUCACCAACCUAGAGACCCACAAUGUAGCAAUGGCACCUGGUGCAACUCUCAACUCUCACAAUAUCUCUCACAUACGUGAUGCUGCUCUGUCUAGGUACUCUGGAUGGGCUCAACUCUCGUGUGUUUGGCAGAUGGCUGUUGACAGACGGAGACCAGAGUGUUAUAGCCUCACAGGCCAUCACCAACCUAGAGACCCACAAUGUAGCAAUGGCACCUGGCGCAACUCUCAACUCUCACAAUAUCUCUCACAUACGUGA